AUGAGUUCUGCUACCUGGCACGACCCAGGUACAGACAAGACAUUUCACUUUGACGAACAUGGAAUGUUUGUCAGUGAAGAUGGACUUGGUCCGCAAAAGGGUUUUAAAGAUGAUGAUGAAUUCAGCAAUUGGGUUCAUUCUUACGUUAUUGAAGAGAUGAAAAAGUUAGGAUUAGUUGAGAAGUGUCAUCCUGAGAAUGGAGCACCAAUUUAUCAUACGCAAAAUGCAUUUAACUCUCCAGAAAAACUGUUAAUUUUAAUUCAAGGCACAGGAAGAGUGCGAGCCGGAGUUUGGUCUGUAGGAGUUUGUGCUUAUGCAGGAUUGAAUGCAGGUUCUGUAUUACCAGACAUUAUUGAAGCCAAAAAACGGAAUAUGGAAGUAAUAGUAUUAAAUCCAAACGAUCCACGCUAUUCAAUGUUCAUAGAAAGAUACAAAUCUAACAUCGGAAUGGUCAGACAUACAUUAGCAAUUUUUGAAGAUUUAAUAAUCAAAGGAAAUCCAAAAAGAAUCUACAUUUUGUGCCAUUCAAUGGGUGGAGAAUGUGCCAUUGCAUGCUUACGUAAAUUCCCAGAGUGGAUGCUACAACAUUGCAGAGCUAUUGCAAUGACUGACGCUUGCGAAAGCAGAGUUGACAUAGAAGGUCUAAAAAUCAAUACAUGGUGCAUGAAGCAUAUUAUUAAUUGGAUUUGUUCUGAAGAAGAAGCUAAUAUCAAAUUACCUGAUGGAAUUUCAUCGCAACAUUACUCUGCAGGCACAAAAGAUCAUCCAUUAAGUACGGCCAAAGCAUGGCCAUUUAUUUGGUCAUUCUUUGAUUAA